UUUUUAACCAGAAAUCUCAGGGAUUGAAGUCGGGGUACAAUACACCAAUUUCCAACAUGGAAGCGCCCAUCAAACUUUUCUUUGCCACAGCUUUACUCUGAAAUUGUUCCUAAAAAUACGACAAUUUGCAAGAUGAGCUCGACUUACAUUCAUGAACCACCAUCUAAUGGAAAGGUGUUAUUAAAGACAACAUGCGGCGACAUUGAUAUUGAACUCUGGUCAAAAGAGGCUCCCAAAGCCUGUCGUAACUUUAUCCAGUUGUGUUUGGAGGGUUACUACGAUGGAACCAUCUUUCAUCGAAUCAUCAAAGGGUUCAUGGCUCAGGGAGGUGACCCUACAGGAACUGGAGAAGGUGGAGAGUCCAGCUAUGGUCAUCCAUUUAAGGAUGAGUUCCAUUCACGUCUCAAGUUUGUGCGUCGAGGUUUGGUUGCCAUGGCAAACGCUGGACCCAACGACAACAGUAGCCAAUUCUUCUUCACCUUUGAUCGAUGUGAGCAUUUGAAUAAUAAGCACACCAUCUUUGGCAAGGUGGUGGGUAAUACCAUCUUUAACAUGAUCAAGCUUUCAGAGGUUGAAAUCGGCACAGAUGACAGACCAGUCUAUCCUCCCAAAAUCAAGUCAACUGAGGUCUUGGCGAAUCCAUUUGAUGACAUCGUUCCUCGAGAACUCAAGAAAGAGAAGGACAAGGAAGUCAAGAAGAAGAGUAAAUCCAAAGCCACAAAGAAUUUCAGUUUGUUAUCAUUUGGUGAGGAAGCUGAAGAAGAUGAAGAGGAAGUCAAUGAAGCAAGUCUCAAGAUGAAACAUAAGAGUAAGAGUGCUCAUGACCUCGGCAACGACCCGAACCUCAGCUCUAUUGCUGCUGUUGAUGUAGAGAAAGGUAAAACUGCAUCGUCGUCGUCGUCAUCAGAUGAAGAGGAAGAUAUUCUUGAGGAGAAGUCCGAGGAGAUUAGAUUUGACGCUGAGAUGAAGGAAUCAAUACGCAAGAAACUAAUGAAGAAAUCAUUAGAUAAGCCAAUCCAGAGUCAUCAAGAAAAAGACACCAGUAGUAAAGAAACAAGAAGAGAUGAGUUACGUAAAGAAUCAGAUCAACUGAAGAAAGAAUUAAGGGCAUCAAAGAAGAGGAAUAAUGAGGAUCCGAGUAAUGAGGAGAUUAAGAAACCAACAGGAAGCGAUCAGGAAGAGGAGGAGAAAUCAAAAGGAACUGAGCAAACCAACGACAUGCUGUCAGAGUUUCGUCAGCAGAAGAAAAAGUUCAGACAGAUGAAGAAAAAUCAAGUGCUGGGUAACAACAGAGAGCAACAGACACUGGCAAUCCUUGCUAAGUUUCAAAACCGUCUCCAUCAAGCUAUCGAAGAGGAAGGCGACACCAAAGAAUCAAAUAAUGGUCAAGAAGAUAAUCAUAAAGAGAUAGAUGAUAGUGAAGAUGUUACCGGAACAAGUUGGAUGGCCCAUACUCUGCAGUUUGAGACGCAUGCAAAUCUCGUCAAGGAUGCCAAUAUUAAAGAUGCAGAUACGUAUAGCAUCUUCGACCCAAGGAAUCCAAUCAACAAACGAAGGCGAGAUGAAGGAAAGAAACGCAACAGGGACAAGAAGUGAAGGAUGCAAUAUUGUGGUUUUCAUUUUAUGCUUUGUAUUUAAUCUUUACACUAUAAACCUUGUUGCCAUUGUUGUAGCUACGGUGGGUGGUGGGUGGUGCCGAGCGGGCCUGCCAACAAGAACUAACAAAUUUCGCCCAGCACUCUGAGCAAAAUACACUGUGCUGCCCAGUACAGAUUUCCCCCAGGCUGCACCUCAGCAGUGAUGGCCCCAUAUCGAAAUAGGAAAAAUUGUGUUGAACCGCUCGCCCUUCCUUGGUGGACUAAAUUGGAUUUAGAGCCCAGCCCACCAGCAAAUGGAUGCAGCUAAUUCUUCCCUUAAAACCCAUGUAUGUCUGAAAUUAUUGAAGCCAAGUUGAAGUUCAGUCAUUUAUAUAACUGGUUCUGCAGCUACUGUAACCAAAAGUAAUAAAUUGACAGUGGAAGGUGAGAUGAGAUGUUUUAUUAUUAACAAAAAACACACACAAAAAACUCACUGGGUAAAGUUUAAAUGAUUUGGGGUUGAACAAAGAAAAGUUUACUAGAGCGGGGUUCGAGCCAACGACCUCCAGAAACGUGCUGGCGCUCUACCACUGCACUGUAAGUGUUGUGCAUAAUAAUAGUAUGAACUUAUUAUGCGCACAUCUCCGCAAAACCAGUCAAGGUGCAUACAAAGUGUGGCACAAAAGUUAUGUUCGGAACAUGUGAAGAGAAAAACUAGCAAAACAAAUGGGACUUCAAGUCUCUCUUUAAGAUAUUUAAAGAAGUUGUUUGGCGUAUUGUGGCAGGGAGCUUGUUCCAAAUGGCAGGGGCAGCAAUCAGCAUUGGCAAAGGCACGCUGACGGUAGCGAGAGCGAGAGCUUCUAAAUAUUGGUUAAGCUAACAUAAAUAUGAAGUGGAAGAUCUUAAAACACGACCAUAUUGUUCGAGUGAACAAGUCUUCAGUCUCCUGGCGAUGACUAGAGCAAGCUAGUCGAAAUGUUGAGACCAACUCAAGAACUGACUUCGCGAUAGUGCAGUUAAUUACGAUCCUAUAACCUAAAGAAGUAGUCGCAGCCAAUUUUCUAUACCUUCCGCCUGGGUAGUACACAAUGUAGAUAAAGAGUAGGACAGUUCUUUUCAGAACUGAGAAGUCUCCCCAACAUCCGAUAAAUCUACUCUGCGGUAGUAGAAUAAAGAAA